GCUCCCAGCCGCCAAAGUGUCUAGACUAGCACAUGAUGGGAGCCAGCCAAUGGCUCCAGCGCUCUCCUCGGGGGCCCCGUGUGUGUGUGUGACUGUGUGUGUGUGCGUAUGUGUGUUUGAGCGAAGGGGGAAAAAAAGAAAAAAGAGAGAGAAACGGAGAAAGAAAGGGAUCUGGGUUGCAGUUUGAGCAGACCUGAACGCGGAACCAGGAGCACCGCUUUAGUCCACGGAUUGUUACUCUUCCUGGCUUCGCCUCGGAGGGAUAUUUUUGGAUUGUUAAAGGAGUUCGCCCCAACGCUGGGAAACAAACGUGAUUGUGAAGUGAAUUCCGAACGGAUUUUCUUUGGGGGAUUAAUCCGCUGCGGGGCCGGUUCAUUCAUGUUCUCAGCGCUGCUUUAAAGAGUGAAUCUGAGGGGGUUUCAAAGUCCGAACCCACUGCCUGUGCACAAGUUGGUCGCAGCGGGCCAUGGAGAUGGUGGCUAGCUGAAGUCAUCAAGUUUCCUCCGGUUUUGAUUCUUUCAUGUGCAUUGAAACGGAUUUAGCGAAGAUAUUAUAGCUGUAGGCAAGGCGUGAGGUCCCGUACAUGGAUAACAGUUUUGCAUGCAGUUGACAGUACCAUAUUCGUAGAUGAAUGCAUUUUGAUUUCUGUGUAACCGUGCAUUUUAGUUAACUUGUGUAUUUUUUAAUGCAACAUUACAUUGUAGCUUCCAACCUAAUGUUGUGCUUUUCCCAUCAAUACUCGGCGUUUGGCUGUGCAUGCGUUGCACGGCAGUCAACCAACAUUAAUGUUGUGCAACGAGCCUAAAGUUAGUUAUCACCAGCGAAGAUCUGAACAAAAAUAAAAAGAUAUAGAUUUUUAAAUUGUCGUAUGUUCAGGACGAAACGCUCAGGUCUUGUGCGGCGACUCUGGAGAAGCCGAUUGAUUCCAGAUAAGGACGGGGGCGAUGGAAAUGGCAAAUGUAGCGAGGGCUGUCGGGACGAUCUGUGCAGCAACAACCCAGAGAAAAUUCCCAAGACGGAACUCAGACCGAUGACACCGAGCGGGUCGCUUGUAGUGGACUAUGGGGGAAUGUGUGCUCGGAGUUCCGUGGAGUGUAGCGACACGGGGGUCACCAUGGACCAAGAUGGGGGUGCGGUGCAUGCUUUGGAGCAGGAAAGCCCCCGAUCCGUGCAGGACAGCGACUGUAGAACUGUUACGUGCUGUUUGUUUAAAGAUCGGGACCACCCCGGAUCCCGAAGCCCAGAGACGGCUCAGGGUAAGGAACCCGGCUCUUGCCAGUUCGCGCUGAGGAACACUAGUUCUCGGGACUGCAGUUCGCCCGAGGGUCAGGAGCCGAAGCCCCGCUCUGUUAUGGAGCAGGAACUCAAGACCGCCACCUACUCGCUUCUGAAGAGGCUGAAAGAGAAAACGUUGGAUACGCUGCUGGAGGCCGUGGAAUCUAAGGGAGGGAUGCCGAGCGAGUGUGUGAUGGUGUCCCGGGCAGAACUCCGUUUGGGCGGCCACAUGGCUCCUCCGCAGCUGCUUCUGUGUAAGCUUUACCGGUGGUCGGACCUGCAGCACACGGCCCAGCUUAAAGCGCUCUGUGAGUGCAAGGGCUUCGGCAUCCAGGACGGCCCUUCGGUGUGUUGUAAUCCCUAUCACUACAGCAGACUCUGUGGGCCAGAGUCGCCGCCUCCCCCCUACUCCAGGCUCUCCCCCAGCGAAGAGCACAAGCCACUGGAUCUGUCAGAUUCCACUCUCUCUUACACUGAAACGGAGGCUGCCAGCUCGCCGGACAUCACCCAAGGGGAAUUCUCAGACGCCAGUAUGUCACCGGACGCUCCGAAGCAGAGUCACUGGUGCUACGUGGCGUACUGGGAGCACCGGACGCGUGUGGGCCGCCUCUAUGCGGUGUACGACCACGCCGUCAGCAUCUUCUACGACCUACCUCAAGGCACGGGCUUCUGCCUGGGCCAGCUGAGCCCCGCGGAGCAGCGUGGCAGGGGUGGUGGAGGAGGGGGCAGCAGCACCACGGUCCAGCGUGCCCGCGGCAAGAUCGGCUACGGCAUCCUCCUCAGCAAGGAGCCGGACGGCGUGUGGGCCUACAACCGCAGCCAGCACCCCGUCUUUGUCAACUCGCCCACGCUGGACGUGCCGGGCAGCCGCAGCCUGGUGGUGCGCAAGGUCAUGCCCGGCUACUCCAUCAAGGUGUUUGACUACGAGCGCUCGGCCGCGCUGAGGCAGGCGGGCGUCGCCGAUGGGCCCGAGGUGCUGGACGGGCCCUACGACCCCAACAGCGUACGCAUCAGCUUCGCCAAGGGCUGGGGGCCCUGCUACUCUAGACAGUUCAUCACCUCCUGCCCCUGUUGGCUAGAGAUUCUGCUCAACAAUCACAGAUAACACAUACAAACACAAACACACACACACACACACACAGACACACACACACACCACACAGACACACACACACAAACACACACACACACACACACUACGGACAACUGCGAGAGACGGACUGCAAUGCACACAAGAGACAUAAGGAAAAGUCAAAGCAGAAUGGACCCCACAAACUAUCCCAAAUAUCAUCUACUUAGAUUUAAUAUAAAGUUUUAUAUAUUAUAUGAAAUAUAUAUUAUACUUGUAAAUACGGGAGUCAUUUUUACAAUGUAAUUAUUUAUGUAUGGUGCAAUGUGUACAUGGAGAACAAGAGGAAAAAAAUGGAAAAUGCACUUUGGCUUAUAUAUAUUAUAUAUAUAAAUAUAUAUAAAGAUAAAGAAAUCUUUCAAUACCAAUUUGAAAAAUUAUACAGCAAAAAUAGGAUCAGCCUGGUUUUGGUGUAUAGUUUUCAUAUUCUAUUAAUAUCCAGACAAAAAAGCUAACACCAUUCACACAUUGGUAAUAAAGUAUUCGCAUAAUACUUU